AUGCCGUCAGCACCAGCCAAGACAGUGGCACAGAGGCUCCAUACUGCCUCAGAACAUGAAAGUGAUGAUGAUUGCCAUGAAGCGUUGGAUUUAACAGAGUAUGCAUGACGUCACCACUGGUGGAAUCAUCUGUUUGGACGGGAUUCAGGACCAUUUGUAGAAAAAUAUUCUGUAGCUACCCAGAUUGUGAUGGGCGGCGUGACUGGCUGGUGUGCGGCAUUUUUGUUCCAGAAAGUCGGAAAGCUUGCAGCAACUGCAGUAGGCGGUGGCUUUCUUCUGCUUCAAAUUGUUAGUCACAGUGGAUACAUACAAGUUGACUGGAAGAGAGUUGAAAAAGAUGUAAACAAAGCAAAAGAACAGUUAAAAAAGUGUGCAAAUAAGGCAGCUCCUGAAAUCAAUACUCUAAUUGAAGAGUCAACAGAAUUUAUCAAACAGAACAUUGCGGUGUCCAGUGGAUUUGUUGGAAGCUUUUUGUUAGGCCUGGCAUCAUAA